GAAGUAUUUAGUUUCAGAUUCAUCUUUGUUUUAGUCCGAUCGAAGCAUUCGAAAUGGGUAGAACAAAAAUAAACGUAGUUUUAUUAAUAAUCCUCAAACUAUUCUUGGUGGGCACAACAACAGGAGACGAGACAUGCGAGAACGACCGAGAAAUGGACAAACUGUGCGGCGGUCAUACCUAUAAAAGUGUGAAGCCUUUGCUAGACUACUUUAAGCAAGUUCGCAAUGAGUUAGACCAAAGUGAAAUUAAGGAAAAGCAUAUAAGUGAAAUAAAUGCUGAUCUUAUGAUCAAGUAUCAUGAAAUUGUCGCAAUUCAUGAAAAGCUCAUGAAGGAGGCAUUUCAAUUAGAUGAGUACAAAAACAAAAUAAUAAGAAAAGAAAACAAUUUGCAAUUGUGUCAAAGUAAAGUUGAUAAAUUAGAAUCUGAGAUUAAUUUACAACAAACAACUAUAAACAAAUUAACACUUAAUGCAAAUUUUCUUGCGAGUUAUGAUGAGUGUAAAGAAGAAUUAUCAGAUAAAUCCAACAAUUUGGAAAUAUGUGAGGUUCAAUUAAAAAAACUGAAUUCUAGUGUUAUUGAAAAAGAUGAGAAAAUUUCUGAAUACUCUGCAACAAUUCAAAACAUAACAGAAAAUCAGAAAACAAUUAGUUUGAAAUUAGAAGAGAGGCAAACCAUGUUAUUUAAGAAAGAUAAAGACAUUGAAAUAUGCCAAGCAGAAAUUGUUAAAUUAAAUAGGACAUCACAUAAUAAUAAUAUUCCUUUAAGUUGUCUCCCUUUCGGAGAACAUCCUGGUGUGCAUGAAAUUGAAGUUUCUGGUGUUGGUUCCUUCGAUGUCCUAUGCGAUAGUCAGUUAGCUGGGCCUGGUUGGAUAGUAAUACAGCAGCGAAUUGGUGGAAAAGAGAACUUUACCAGGGAUUGGGCCACAUAUCGCAAAGGUUUCGGUUCAUUGGAUAGUGACUUUUUCCUAGGAUUAGAAAAGAUCCAUCGACUAACGAGUCAGCAGCAAUACGAACUCUACAUACAUUUGGUUGCCGAAGAUGGCAGCAUCUUCUACGCUCGAUAUGAUGACUUCAAAAUAUCUGAUGAAGACAAUGGAUACGCACUAAGCUUGGGUAAAUGCAAGGGAAAUAUUUGGGAUGCGAUAAGAAACCACGAAAACAUGAAAUUCACAACAUUCGAUCGGGAUAAUGACCCUUCUUCUGAUAAUUGUGCAGUUCGUUAUAAAAGUGGCUGGUGGUACAAGGAUUGUUGUCAUUGUAACUUAAAUGGAUUAUACGGCAAGGAUCUAGUUUGGUGGAGUGAAACAGCAAAUUAUCUCAAAGAAGCUAAGAUGCUUAUUCGUCCCAAAGAUGAAUAAAAUAAGUGAACAACAGAAAAUUCGAAAUCAGAAUCCAUUUUUACGAUUUAAAUCGUACUAAGUAUUAUAUAUUUGAUAAACAGAUUUACAUUAGAAUGUACCAACGAAAGAGAUGAGAUUAUAUUGAUAUUGUUGUAAUGUAUGACAUUUAAAAACAAAUUAAAUUUUUUAAAUUUGCUGAUCAAGAAUAUAUAUACUUUAUAGGGUCGGAGAUGUCUCCUUCUACCUGUUACAUACAUUUCCUUCCGGCACAAAGUUAUAAUACUUUUCUACCCUAUAAACGUGGGUAUUUAGUAAUACUAUUUCAUACAUGUGUGUAUUUUAUCAAUAAUUAUUAUUAACAUGAACUUUUACUAGAACUCCAUCACUAUAUUCUAUUAAUAUGAAGACAUCAAUUUUAAAUUAAAUUAAAUUCCUAUAAAUUUAAAUACAUAGUUGAAUUUAAAAAGUUCCCAAAAUAAAAAAUCUUUUUAAACCUGUCUUAACAUAAUUAUCAAUUCCUAAGAUUCGAGAUAAAAGUGAAACAUUUGCUAGUUUCACAUCUGAAUCUCUAACAGAUGCUACAUAUUCUUAAAUCUAGAUCAUACACUUGUUAAACAAGUUUUCGGAUGUUCAAAUUAACAAUUAACCCAUUCCCUUCAGUCAUUUUAGGGUCAAGGGAUUACAACUACAAAAGGUAAGUUGAUUUCUAUCUUGAAGGGUUGAUGAGUCAAACUGCAGAUCAACAGGCAAGUGAAACAUCAACUGCUCGUAAACAGCCCUUAAGACACUGAGUGCUCAUUUGA